AGCAAACUCCCCCGUGCGCACCUUAGUUUAGAGCUCGAGGGUGAUCACUGAGUUGCUCGCUUCCUUGCCUCUAUCACUUCUUUCUCAGCUCCCUCCUUCUAUCAUUUCUAACAUCUCUUGGAAGUUCCCUAAAUCCAAAAGGGUGUUGGUUUGUUAGUAACUUCCUAUAGAGUUUCUUUCUCGGACGCUCCGAAUGGCUUCCUCGGACUCCAUUAAACCUCGAGAUGUCUGUAUUGUUGGCGUUGCACGUACACCGAUGGGCGGCUUACUUGGUACUCUUUCAUCGUUGUCAGCUACCAAGCUUGGCUCUAUAGCUAUUGAAUGCGCUCUUAAGAGGGCAAAUGUUGAUCCUUCCCUUGUGCAAGAGGUUUUCUUUGGGAAUGUCCUAAGCGCAAAUUUAGGCCAAGCUCCUGCUAGGCAGGCUGCUUUGGGUGCAGGCAUUCCUACUUCUGUGAUCUGCACCACUAUUAACAAAGUUUGUUCGUCGGGGAUGAAAGCAACAAUGCUUGCUGCACAAUCUAUCCAGUUGGGUUUGAAUGAUGUUGUUGUGGCUGGUGGAAUGGAAAGCAUGUCUAAUGCACCUAAGUAUCUAGCUGAAGCAAGAAAGGGAUCUCGUUUUGGACAUGAUACUAUUGUUGAUGGCAUGCUGAAAGAUGGACUGUGGGAUGUUUACAAUGACUUUGGAAUGGGAGUUUGCGCAGAAAUAUGUGCCAAUCAACAUACCAUAACAAGAGAAGAGCAGGAUAAUUAUGCUAUUAGGAGCUUUGAACGAGGAAUUUCUGCACAGAAUGGAGGUCACUUUGCAUGGGAAAUAGUUCCGGUUGAAAUUUAUGGGGGAAGAGGGAAGCCGUCCAUAAUUGUUGACAAGGAUGAAGGUUUAGGAAAGUUUGAUGCUGCAAAAUUGAGGAAGCUGAAACCAAGUUUCAAGGAGGAUGGUGGUUCUGUUACUGCUGGCAAUGCUUCUAGCAUAAGUGAUGGUGCAGCAGCAUUAGUGCUGGUGAGUGGGGAGAAGGCACUUCAACUAGGGUUGCAAGUGAUUGCAAAGAUCAAAGGAUUUGCUGAUGCAGCUCAGGCACCUGAAUUAUUCCCAACUGCACCAGCCCUUGCAAUACCAAAAGCUAUUUCAAAUGCUGGUUUGGAGGCUUCUCAAAUUGAUUACUUUGAAAUAAAUGAAGCAUUUUCUGUUGUGGCACUUGCCAAUCAAAAGCUGCUUAGCCUUAAUCCUGAAAAAGUUAAUGCGCAUGGUGGAGCCGUAUCAUUGGGACACCCAUUGGGAUGCAGUGGAGCUCGUAUAUUGGUCACUUUGUUAGGGGUGUUGAGACACAAGAAUGGGAAGUAUGGGGUUGGUGGCAUCUGCAAUGGGGGAGGAGGGGCAUCUGCCCUUGUUCUUGAGCUCAUGUAAGCCAUUUACAUUUGGCCAGUUACGCGGGUGGGACAUUCUAGGUUAUGAUAUCCAUUUGUUCUCUCAAGUUAUCUUAUGAUUAGUGAAAGUUUUCUUUUUUCCUAUCUCUACUUUUCUUCUCGAAUAACAGAGUAAAAAUAUGUUGUAUCAACUCUUUUCAAGGAAUAAAAGGUUAAGGUUAUGUUAUGUUGUUUUCUAUUUUUA